AUGGAUGAGAUGAAGAAAGAGCAUCAGAAGCUUCACAUAGCUGUGUUUCCAUGGCUGGCCUUUGGCCACUUCCUGCCUUUUCUUCGUCUCUCCAACCACUUAGCUCAACUGGGUCACCGUAUUUCAUUCAUCUCCACCCCUAAAAACCUCCAUCGCCUCUCUCAAAUUGCUCCAAAUUUAUCCUCGCUUGUAACCAUGGUGCCACUGCCUCUGCCUCCCGUCCAUGGCUUGCCCGACUCCGUCGAGUCCACCUCCGAGUUGCCCUUCCGCCUAGUCCCGUAUCUGAAACGAGCGUACGAUCAGCUCCAACCUCCUCUCACUGAGUUUCUACAGAACUCCGAUGUCAACUGGCUCAUCCAUGACUUUGUUCCCCACUGGUUGCCCCAAGUAGCCACUCGACUCGGUAUCAACUCAGUCUUCUUCAGCAUAUUCAAUGCCAGCGUACUCGCUUUCCUUGGCUCGCCGGAGGAGAUUCUCCUCCGCGAUCAACAGCCGUUGGAGGACUUAACUGUGGUACCUGAGUGGAUCCCGUUUCCGUCCAACGUCGCUUUCAGGCUAUACGAGGUUAUUUACCACUAG